CCUUCACCAGACCACUUAGUUUAAAUAUUCUCACCGUCCAAAUAUUUACUACUACGCCUACAUAUACCCUUAAAAAGAGUUCAAUAUAUAGUUCAACAACACACUACACUCCCAGUUUCCUCCCCUUUAGCCAACUCCAUUUUCUCUUUACUGAUAGAUCAAAUAUGGUGUCCUUAGAAACUGCCACUACAUCUGUUGAACCGAAAUCGAGUCCCCGGAUUUCGUUCUCUGCAGACUUUCUUGAUGAGAAAAACUUCAUAUCCACAAGUCCAAAUUCUCAAGUAGAGAAAAAAUGCGAAAAAGAGCUUAAUGCAGCAGAAUUUGAGUUCCUAUCCAGCAAUUUUACAAGCGGAAACAUGACCACGGCCGAUGAGCUAAUUUUUGAAGGUAAGUUACUUCCGUAUUGGCAAAUAUACCAUUCUGAAAAACUCAACAAGAUUAGUCUCAAAACAGAAGAAAUAAUGACUGAAACAGAGGUGAAAGGUAAAGAAGAGAUGAAUAGGCCAACAAAUUGGUUUAUUGAUGAGGAUCCAUCUCCUAGGCCACCAACAUGUAACGUUUUAUGGAAAGAGUUAUUGAGAUUGAAAAAGCAAAAGCAAAGACCUUCCUCUUUAUCACCUUCCUCUUCUUCGAGCUCGAAUUCUGAAAUUUCUACAACAGAUGAAAGCAAAGAGAAGCAUGUGAACAAGAUUAAGAAAAGGUUGGAGAGAUCUAGAUCAGCAACUAUUAGUGUAAGACCUUUGAUUAAUGUGCCAAUUUGCACACAGGCUAAAAAUAAUGCACUACCACCUCUUUUUUCCCUUAACAAAGGAAGACUAGAGAGGUGAAAGCAGAAAUUAUGUAAAGAUGUUCUAUAGUGUUUCCUUACUUUUUAUUUUAUUUCAUUUGGAUCUAGAUUAAUGUUUAUUGCAAGGAUAUGCUUUCAUUUCGUGUAAUGUACCAGAGACUAAUUCCGUUUGUAUAGUCUCAAGAACCAUGUAAUCUGACAGUUUUUAGCUUUAAUAAUUCAGAACAGAAAAAAGUGAA